GCUCUUUACGUUCCGUGGUUUGUGUGUGCGCGUAUAUAUACUGUAUGUGUGUUUGUGGACGUGCUCUCAAGUCUCCGUUCCUCGGAGGCAACGACAACGGACUCCCAGUUGUUUUGGUCGUCGGGAAGCGAACGGAACUUCCGUCUAAGCGGCGUACGUGUAGGAUCGCGGAUCGGAAGGAGUGCUUUUGAACCGCUUUCGUCGUUCGCAGAACCCACGGGAGGAAAGUUCCUAGGAUAAGACCCUGAACGGAGAAACCAGCCCUUUGUGGUGUUCUGGAUGGUACCGAUUCUGAGAAAGUAGUGGUGGACUUCAGCAGGGAGGCUUUCUGGGCCUGAAUUCUGCCUUGCAAGGGUCAUCAUGCAAAACAACUAUGCAACUGUGGCCUUGCUAGGGUUGCCUGCUGAUGAACCAGAACUUAUUUGCAAAGUGGAGCCAGAGGAAGAGCCAUGGAUCCCAAAGGAGCAGGCUGCUAGGGAGAGGCGGAUCCUGCCUGCAAGCAAGUCAGGUGCCGAAACUCCAGAAGUUGCCGUCCCCUCCUACAGACAGUAUCGUGGCACCACGUGGACCUACCCAGAGGUCAUUGACCUUCUGGUCAUCUGGCGAGAGCGAGAGAUCCAACAGGAACUCCAGCGGAGCCAUCGGAACAUUGAAACCUUUCAGGUAGUGGCCGGCAAAAUGGCCAAGAGAGGCCACAGGCGUACGGCCCUGGAGUGCCGGUCGAAAAUCAAAACGUUGAAGAGAGACUACCGCAUCGCUAAAGCCAACAACUCACCCGGGAAGGGUCACCUGGCUUGGCUUUUCUAUGACAGGUUGGACCACUUGUUGGAGAAUGACAGGGACCUCUCACCUCUGGAGAAGCUCCCUGGUUUAAAUCACCGCCAGGUAGCCAUCAUAGACUCUAUAUCGCAGUGUUCCACGGAGGAGGAAGCCACAACAGACGGGGUGAAGGAAGGUGGCCCGGACGGUCAAGAAGUGCUGGAGCUCAGAAGGUCCUCCCCAGCCAAGAUCGGGAAAGACAGCAUUCCUCUGCCGUGCAUCAAGCAAGAAGCCCCGGACGAAAUGCCAGUCACAGUGCCCCAGGCAGAAGUCAGCAGUCCUGUUCCACCUCUCCCUUCGACUCCUUGUGAUAAACCAGGAUGCUCUGCCUCAACUGUAGAUGGUGCUGUUACCUCACCCCAAAGCCCCAUUCCUGGUCCUGCAAGGUCUUACGCAGCUGAACGACUGGCCAACAUCAGAAAGAGGAAACGGAAAAACAGGCAAGAUAUGGCCCUAGAGAUCACACAGGCAGCCGAUAGACGGGUCCAAAUGGCCACGGACAGGAUCCUGGCAGCACUUGGGGAAUACGCCAAGGCAGAUCUGCAGGACCGUGAGCGGGACCGAGUGGACACUGAACAGAUUAUUGCCCUCAUGAACCGCCAGACAGAACUUUUGGAGUCGCUGGUGCGAAAGCAGACUGAGACCCAGGCCCGCGUGUCGCCCACCUUGACCUGGCCUUCCCGGAUUCCUCGGCCUGGGCAGCCAAAUCAUCCUUCCGAAUCGUCUCCCUUGCACUUGGGCGUAACCCGGCGUCCCCUUGCAAGGGCAAGAUACAGGAGGUGAUUCCCAUCGUUGCUUGUGCUGCCUUUUAAAAAGGCCUCCUUGGUAGCUUCUUAUCCUACAGGACACAGAGGGUGGGGAGUAUACCUUUGCAAACGGGUUGUGGCUUUUUCAAGACUUUUUUCAAUCUUUUUACAGUGAAUGAUUUUAUUUGCCAAUUGUAAAAAAAGAAAAAAAAGAAC